CAUAUGAAAACCCCUUUAGGAUAAUAUUGAAUCACAAUUUAAUUGUUCAAUUCUUAUGCUUGGGGAAAUUGAUACUAAUAAGUCUUAUUGUACUCCAAUUCAACAUGGAUACUACUAUUCUAUUGAUAUUGAUGUCAAAAGAGAAAUGAUAUUAAAGUUUCGAAAAGCAUGUUUGGAGAGUUGCAUAGAAACCCAGUACACUAUGCACACAACGACUCAACCCCUGAAGUUUGCGACUGUAGAGAAUCUGAAGAAAGUUCAUGGUAUCUCUGAUGAUGUUAUAAUUGCUUCAGUAUUCUACAGAGAUAUGAAGUAUUCCUUCAUUUCAAACAAGGGGAAGGCAAUAGUGGAUGUUAUCAACGGAAUGGGAGGAAGCCUAGGACUGUGUAUUGGAGCCUCACUACUUACCAUAGUCGAGUUUAUUCUCAUGAUUAUAAAAAUGUGUCCUCUCAAGAUUAUUUAGAAGGGAAGUUUAAAAGGAUUUUAAUUUUUUAAAGUUAGGAAUUCAAGAAACCAUGUCAGUAUUGUUUCAUAGAAGAAAAUUCGCUAAAUUUUCAAGAACAUUUUUUUAACGAAAGUAUAUACCUUAUUUUGUCCCUUGAGCGGUAUCCUUGGCUUAGCUUUGAAUUCUUGCCUUAAAAAAUGUAAGUAUUAUGUGAAUUUUUUAAAGUUUCAACAAUCUCU